UUAGAAAAACAUAAAAAAAGAAAAGUAAAUUGUGGUUGUCGUCGUUGACUACGUUAUCUCGUUGUCUUGAAUUUUUUUUAUUAUUUUUCUUUUGUUUUGUAAUUUUUUUUGUUUUUGUAAUAAUUAUUUAAACUGUGAGGGGUGGCGUUUUUGUAAUUUCAGAACAAAGAUCAAACGGUGUUAAGGUUAAAUACCAGACAACUAACAACGAUGACCACACUGAGACAAUUUUUCAAAUGCACGGAGGCAAAUCGAUGCAAUCAAGAGUAGAAGGGGUAAAGUGAUACCGAGCCAAAAGUACAAGAAGGGAAAGUGGAAUUUGCACUAAAUAUUAUGUCAAAAAGUAAUUAAAAAAGAUGAUUUUUUUUUUCUUGGAGUGGCGGGUGACCAGUUGCAUGAAUAAGAAAAAUGAAAUUAAAAUCCCAUGAAAUUUCGGUUAUUAAUACAUCAUGUUCUACAAUUUAGAUACAGCAACGAUCAAGAAAAGAAAAGAAAAUAUUUGAAGUGAAAAAAUCACAAAAUGGCAGCCUUAUCCCCAGUUCCUUCCAUGGAAGACCUAAAUAUCAAGUUCCAAGAAAGCUCUCUUAUCUUCCCAUACAAAGAAACACCGAAAAAAUUGAUUUUCUUGUCCAACAUCGAUCAAAUCCUUAACUACAAUAUCCCGACAGCUCAUUUCUUCAAGGCAAACCCAGAUUUCCCGCCAGAAACAGUGGCCGAGAGGCUCAGAACUGCGCUGGAGAAGGUUUUGGUUCCGUACGAUUUUAUGGCGGGAAGACUGAAACUAAACCGGGAAUUGGGCCGGCUGGAGAUAGACUGCAACGCGGCGGGGGCUGGCUUUGUGGUGGCUAAGUCCGAUGUUUCUCUUGAUGAGAUUGGUGGUGAGAACCUUGUUUGUCCGAACCUCGGAUAUCGACAGCUGGCUGUCCAGAGAUUGGAUAACUUACCACCUGAAGUUGACCAGCCACUCUGUGUUUUUCAGGUAACAUCAUUCAAGUGUGGUGGUUUUGCAAUCGGCAUGUCUACGAAUCACAUCUUAUUCGACGGCCUAGGCGCCAAGGUAUUCCUCCUAAACCUAGCUUCCCAAUCUUUCGAAAACAAACCCUUAGCCAUCUUACCCUAUAACGACCGUCGGAUUCUCGCCGCUAGAUCUCCACCGCAUGUUUCCUUUCCUCACCCAGAGUUCCUCAAAUUCGACCUCCCCGUGGGCCCGGGGUCAACUCCCCCAAAGUUCGACUGCAUCAUAGAAGAACUCGAUUUCAAAAUCUUCAAACUCAACACAACUCAGAUAUCCCACUUAAAGGACGAUAUUACUAAGAACUCCAAAAUUGAAAGAAUUAGCACCCUUGCGGUGGUGGCCGCCCUAAUCUGGCGGUGCAAAGCCUUUUCCGAUGAUAAAAAUAGGGUUUCCACUCUGCUUAACGUUAUCGACAUUAGGCCAAGAGUGAAGCCCCCAUUACCAUAUUCGUACUCGGCCAACGCAGUGCUUCCCUUGGGAGUUUUGGAAACUUGUGACGAGAUAAAAAACGGGCCGUUUUCGAAGCUUGUGGAGAUUAUCACCGAAGGGGCUAAAGAGAUGACUCAUGAGUACGUGAAAUCGGCUUUCGAUUGGUUGGAGUUGAAUAGAGGGAUUCCUCAUGGGGAUUAUAUGGUGAGCUCAUGGCUUAGAUUAGGGUUUGAUGAGGUGGAGUAUGCAUGGGGGAAGCCGAUGUACAGUUGUCCGGUGGUGAAUCAUCGGAAAGAUAUUUGUUGGGUUUUUCGGGAUGCCGUUGAUAAUGGUGUUUGUGCAAUGGUGGCUUUGCCUUCUCAAGAGAUGGACAUAUUUGAGGGUGUUUUCCAUGACUUUUUUGCUUCAAUAUUGGUUCACUAAGGAUCGGACAUAUAUGUGUGUGUGCGCGCGCGCGCACAAUAUUGUUCUUUGUGAUUUUAUUGUUGUGUGUUUAAUUGAGCAUUUAGACCGACCACCCCUAUGUAAUCUCUAAUUGCAAAACAUGUUUCUAAGUUAAAAUUAUUAGCAAUAAAA